AUGAGCACAAUCGCUAACACUUUGAAGUCUGCAACUUUAAGAAUGAGCUCUAUGUCUAGUAUUAACUGUGGAAGUGGUAGAAACUUUGUUACUCCUGCCAUUAAUAUGAUGAUUAGUUCAGAAAACACAACCAAUUAAACUAAAUAUGACAAUUCCUAAUUUCUUAAUAAUGGAAAUAACAAUGGCUCAGGUCAUUUUAAAUUUAACACUUACACGUAACCUUUCGAAAGAACACCUUUUGUUAAGACCAAUUACCUUAAUUGA